GCUGCCGGAGAGUUGACAGCAUCCAGGGGACGCCGGGAAGAAUCCAGCGCUUCCCUUUCCACCAAUGGGGGAGCGGCCCGGGCGACCCGCUACCCAACGAGAGGCCGCGUUGUUUGCACGUCUCGGGCUGAAGGGGCGGGGGGGACGGUCUAGAGUGCCCGGCAGCGAGGAGGCAGACAGACCCGUGGAUCCCUGUUACACUGUACCAUGCUCCGCAAUGUCCUAGGAAAAACCUUCCGAUUCCUGGGGUAUACUGUGCAGUAUGGCUGCAUAGCACACUGUGCCUUUGAGUACCUUGGAGGAAUUGUUGUGUGUUCUGGACCUUCAAUGGAACCAACCAUUCAGAAUUCUGAUAUUGUCUUUUCGGAGAACCUUAGUCGCCACUUUUAUUGCAUUCGAAAAGGAGAUAUUGUAAUUGUGAAAAGCCCAAGUGACCCCAAAUCAAAUAUCUGUAAAAGAGUAAUUGGCUUGGAAGGGGAUAAAGUCUGCACAAGCAACCCUUCAGAUUUCCUUAAGAGUCACAGCUAUGUGCCUAAAGGACACGUUUGGUUAGAAGGUGAUAAUCUCAGGAAUUCUACAGAUUCCAGGUGCUAUGGACCUGUUCCUUACGGCCUGAUAAGAGGACGCAUUUGUUUAAAGAUAUGGCCUCUGAAUGACUUUGGAUUUCUACGUGCAAGCCCCAAUGGCCACAGAUUUCUUGAUUAAAAAAUUUAAGUGACUGUUGCCAGCUUUCAUAGUGUUUUCUACUAAAAUCGAUGGAACUAUUUUUGUUUAGAAUAAACACAAGUAAUACUUGACAAA